CCUCCGAUUUUUUUAACCUCCUCUCGCUCUCACUGACAUUUCAACUCCAAGACGGAUCCAGCGGUAGACAUCUUUUAUUCAGGACGUACACGCUUCUAUCGCGGAGGACAGAUCCGCGGGAGGAAGAGGUGUCUUUACGCACACAGGAUACACCGGUUCCUCCUCACCGCCUCUCUGUCCGGGAUAUUCCUUCCGUCUCCACCGAAGACCACUGGAAACUAUUUUUUCCUCGCGUAAACUUCCUGAGAGAGACUGAUCCUGGUCGGCUUUAAUUUUUUCCCUUUUUCUUCGGUUUGGAGAACCACAGGCGAAAGCCUACAUUUUAUCAAGGACUUUGACAACGGCCCAGGAUGCCCCAAAAAGGGAGACAUUAAGUAGUGAAAACGGCAGAUGAUUGACUAAAUUGUAUUAAAGUGGACAGUCAACUCUGUUUCCAGAAUACCACAACCAAGCCACGUGGGAGUCUGGUGUAGCCUCAAUGAUGCAGAACAGUCACAGUGGCGUGAACCAGCUUGGUGGCGUGUUUGUUAAUGGAAGACCGCUGCCGGAUUCCACCAGGCAGAAAAUAGUGGAACUUGCUCACAGCGGCGCGCGACCCUGCGACAUCUCCAGAAUACUACAGACCCAUGAUGAAGUCCAGGUGCUGGACAGUGAAAAGGUGAUACUUAUUUGAGCCAUCUUAAUUAUUCCAAUAAAAGUCAUAAAUAAUGUAUGUGAAUUGUGUUUUUUUGUUUCCGAUCCAGGUAUCCAACGGCUGCGUGAGCAAGAUCCUGGGCAGAUAUUAUGAAACUGGCUCCAUAAGACCGAGGGCGAUAGGAGGCAGCAAGCCCAGGGUCGCCACUCCGGAGGUGGUCGCCAAAAUCGCGCAGUACAAGCGGGAGUGUCCGUCUAUCUUUGCGUGGGAGAUUCGUGACAGGCUCCUGUCGGAGGGGAUCUGCACCAACGACAACAUACCCAGCGUGUCAUCAAUAAACAGAGUCCUCCGCAACCUGGCUAGUGAAAAGCAACAGAUGGGCGCAGAUGGCAUGUAUGACAAGCUGAGAAUGCUCAACGGUCAGACAGGAACUUGGGGGACCCGGCCCGGCUGGUACCCCGGAACAUCAGUGCCAGGACAGCCCAACCAAGAUGGCUGCCAACAACAGGACGGUGCGGGAGAAAACACCAACUCCAUCAGCUCGAACGGCGAGGAUUCAGAGGAGACGCAGAUGCGCCUGCAGCUCAAGAGGAAACUGCAGAGAAACCGCACGUCCUUUACGCAGGAGCAAAUCGAGGCGCUGGAAAAAGAAUUUGAAAGAACCCAUUACCCGGAUGUCUUUGCGCGAGAAAGACUAGCGGCAAAAAUCGAUUUACCUGAGGCAAGAAUACAAGUAUGGUUCUCAAAUAGAAGAGCAAAGUGGAGGCGAGAGGAGAAGCUGCGGAACCAGCGCAGACAGGCCAACAACUCCUCCAGUCACAUUCCCAUUAGCAGCAGCUUCAGCACCAGCGUCUACCAGGCCAUCCCACAGCCCACCACACCCGUGUCGUUCACCUCGGGGUCAAUGCUGGGGAGACCUGACUCUGCACUCACAAACACCUACAGCGCGCUGCCCCCCAUGCCAAGCUUCACCAUGGCGAACAAUCUACCUAUGCAACCCAGCCAGACCUCCUCUUACUCCUGCAUGUUGCCUACCAGUCCGCCUGUGAAUGGGCGGAGCUACGAAACAUACACGCCCCCUCAUAUGCAGGCACAUAUGAACAGCCAAUCAAUGACCACUUCUGGUACCACCUCAACAGGACUCAUUUCUCCUGGAGUUUCUGUCCCUGUCCAAGUCCCAGGGAGCGAGCCUGACAUGUCUCAGUACUGGUCAAGACUACAGUAGAGAGAAGAGCUACUUCACCCUGUAACCACCCACUCCACCAUCGCCCUCCGGCAGUGCUCCUCACACAUGCAUGGCACAGGAGAGUAGAGACAGUUGAGAGGAGGCAACAGAGAGGACAAGGAGGAAAGAAAAAGAGCCUUGGGACGUUUGGGCUUUGUUUUUUCAUCGGGACAGUCUGCUGUUCUGUAGGUCUGGGCAAAUUCAAAUGAGGACAGACGAAAGAACAACGAUGGAAAAACGGAAAAAAUAUGGACCUCUGUAAAGUGCCCGGUGUUAAGUUUUUAUGGAACAAAAACUUAUCUGUUUUUUUUUUUCUAUUUCCAUCUACAGUCAUUGUUUCCUUUUUUCUCUGGUGUGUUUGUAAAUGGCCAUUUGUAUGUUAUUAUGAAAAAAAAAAAAAUGAAAAAAAAAAACCACGACAAAAUCAAGUACUGAUAGAUGGACUGCUAGAAAACCAUGUUGGUUUUGCGUUUGUUUGCAAGAGGAGAACCAGAGAGAUUCUGCCAUGACUAUCUUUUAAUCCACUUAUAUCGAGACUUUGUAGCAGCCUUUGCAUGGUCUCUGGAUGCUUUCUGCAUAUCAAUGAAGACGAAAAAGCUGGAGUGAAGACUCUUACCAUGUUGAAAAAAGAAAAAAAAAGAAGAAAAAUAUUUAUUGGUUAUAUUUCCUAAGAAUGAUUAUUUCAGAGGGGAAAGUCAGACUCCAUCCACCCAUGAGGCGGCCUUUAGGGCACUUUCGACACAGGCUUAAUUUAGCUGUCUUACUCAAAGAAAGGAUGACCAUCAGCAGCCAGAAAAGAUGGCAAAAGAGUGCAAAACUAUUUUGGACCUCUUGUUUCAGUGGCUGGAUAGGUUCUACCUGGCGGCGAUGAACACUUGGAAAACAGGCAUAAAAGAAACCUGUAGUCUGUAAAUGGUAGACUGCAUCUUCAGUAUAAUCCAGUUUGUUUAUGUCAAAAAUGUAAAGUACUUGUCUUCCCGUAAAAUCUUCAACAAAAGAUUUCUAAAAAUAAAAGUUGAUUUCAUUUAUA